UCUCUCUCUAUAUUUUCACUUCAACGUCUGGUGCUUUUUUCCGUUCGAUGAUAGAAAGGAACAGAGAAAGGCGAAGGAAAGGAGAGGAAUCAUCAUCGUCAAUUGUGAGAAAUUCUCCCUCACUGUCAUCUUUAUCUACACCUUUUUCGUAUUUGUGGUAUAGGAGUCUUAUAUAUGAUUUGUAUAGAUUCUCUUUGGUGAAACAUCGCUUGAAUUGCACGAUUUUUGUAUUAGUUUGGUCAAAGUUCGAAAAUUUGCAAAUUUCGGGCGUGUUUUUUUUUUUUUGUAUGCAGUGGGUUUGGUGUAUAUUUUUUUGAUCUGGGAAUUAACUGAAAUAUUCGAGAGUUGGUGAGGUUUUUCUGGUAAUUCGAAUUUAGUGUAAAGCUUUGUUGAUUUGGCUGAAGGGUUUGGUUUUUUGCUGAGUAGUUGUUGCAAAGUUGUUUGGUUUAUCGAGGAUCCCUCCAAGAGUGAGUUUGCUAAUUUUUGGGCCUAUUGUGAAGCACCUAAGUAAACUUUGAUUGAACAAUUUUGUGCGGCUUGAUUUGGGAUUUCGGUUUGAUAAUACAGAAUUGUGAGAAAGAGAAACCCGGGUUGUUUUUAUUGAGAGAGUUUGUGUUUUGAACAAUAUUUGUAUGAUUGAGAAGGGGAUAUGGCAGCGGGUAUGGAUUUUUCUCCUCCAUUUACCGUAGUAGAAGGCGGGUACAGUAGAGAUAAUGUAUCGGCCAGGGAAAAUGAGAAUCCUGAGAAUUUGGAUCAUAUGAAACAAACAACUAUUGGGAAACCUCCAAGGUGUGUCUCUGUGAUUCAGCACUGUGUGAGCUCUACAAAGGUGCUGCAGGCCACUGAUGUGGAAUUGGAUACUGGAAUCAUUAUCAACAAGUCGUCUUCAGAUACAAAUACAGAAUUUUUACCUGUGUUCCGAUCAGGAAGUUGUGCUGAAAGAGGGCCCAAACAGUACAUGGAGGAUGAACAUAUAUGCAUAGACAACCUUAUAGAACAUCUGCAUGCAACAUCUGACUUUCCUUCCCCUGGUGCUUUCUACGGGGUGUUUGAUGGCCAUGGUGGUACAGAUGCAGCGUUGUUUGUUAGAAAUAACAUCCUUAGAUACAUAAUUGAGGACUCACAUUUUCAAGCAUGUCUAGAGAAGGCAAUUAAGUGUGCUUUUGUGAAAGCGGAUUACGCAUUUGCAGAUGACAGUACUCUUGAUAUCUCAUCAGGCACCACUGCUCUAACUGCCCUUAUUUUUGGAAGGACAUUGAUUAUUGCUAACGCUGGUGAUUGUCGUGCUGUGCUUGGGAGGCGAGGUAGAGCGAUUGAGAUGUCUAAAGACCACAAACCAAAUUGUAUAUAUGAAAAGCUAAGAAUUGAGAAACUUGGUGGCAUUGUUUAUGAUGGCUACCUCAAUGGUCAAUUAUCUGUGUCACGCGCCCUUGGUGAUUGGCACAUGAAGGGAUCCAAAGGUUCUGCAUGCCCAUUGAGUGCGGAGCCAGAAUUGAAGGAGACGCUUUUGACUGAGGAUGACGAGUUCUUAAUAAUGGGUUGCGAUGGCCUAUGGGAUGUAAUGAGCAGCCAGUGUGCUGUGUCAAUGACAAGGAAAGAGUUGAUGCUCCAUAACGAUCCUGAAAGAUGCUCAAGAGAGCUGGUAAGGGAGGCUCUCAAACGCAACACUUGUGAUAAUCUCACCGUAAUUGUCAUUUGUUUCUCCCCUGAACCACCCCCUCGGAUAGAGAUCCCUCCAACCCGAGUUCGGAGGAGCAUAUCAGCUGAAGGGUUGAAUUUACUCAAGGGUGUAUUGGACAUCAACUAAUGAAGAAAAUGGCAGUGGUCAAGAUACUUCAGAGAAAGAGCAUCAAAAUACAUCACAUUUUACAAUUGGUGAGGACAAUUUUUUGGCAGAAGAUGCUGCUUUCCCGUAGUCAUGGCUGUCAUUCAGUCAUGGGUGAGAACUGAGAAAUAAAUCUCAUACAAUCUGAUUCUUUUGAGUUACAAGAUCUUGUACAUCUGAGUUAAUUUAUGUUGUUGUACCAAUUUCAAGAUCAAGAAUUUGUUCCCCCUUUUUCUGAUUACCUGGACCAUUGUCAUAAUCCUAUCUCCACUGUACAUAAUUUGAUAUUUGAGAGGUGUGUUCCACCAUAGUUCAUUGAA